AUGAAGAUUUCACAAAAGUUGCAACAGGCACACGCUGGGCCCAACCCACCACCAGCAACCUUCUCGUUUGAAUUCUUUGUCCCCAAGACUUCUCAGGGGGUGCAAAACUUGUACGAUCGUAUGGACAGAAUGUACGAUUUAAAUCCAAUUUUCAUUGACAUCACUUGGAAUGCUGGUGGGAGAUCGUCCACUUUGACUAACGAAAUGGUGUAUACUGCGCAAUCAACCCUUGGGUUAGAAACAUGUAUGCACUUGACAUGUACCAAUAUGAAGGUUGAAUUGAUUGAUGAAGCCUUGGACAAGGCUUUCAAAUCUGGUUGUCAGAAUAUUUUGGCAUUACGUGGUGAUCCUCCUUUGGAUGGAUCGGAAUCAACUGGCGAUUUCAAGUAUGCCAAGGAUUUGAUUAAGUAUAUCCGUAAGAAGUACGGAGAUCAUUUCAAUAUUGGUGUUGCUGGGUACCCUGAAGGUCAUCCUGAAGAAGAAUCGGAAAUCAAGACUCUACACUACUUGAAGGAAAAGUGUGAUGUUGGUGCUGAUUUCAUUGUCACACAAAUGUUUUACGAUGUUGACAACUUUAUCGAUUGGUGUAAGAAGAUUCGUAAGAUUGGUGUUGAAAUUCCAAUUAUUCCUGGUAUUAUGCCAAUCUCCACUUAUGCUGCUUUUGUUAGACGUGCGAAAUGGUCAGAAAUUGCUAUUCCACAACACUUUUUAGAUGUCUUGGAUCCAAUUAAAGAUGAUGAUUAUUUAGUCAGAGAAAGAGGUACUGAGUUGGUUAGUGACAUGUGUAUCAAGUUACUUCAUUCCGGUUAUGUCAACCAUUUACAUUUCUACACCAUGAACUUGGAAAAGGCUACCGUGAUGAUAUUAGAAAAAUUAAAUCUUAUCGAAGCUGUCAAGUCUCAUGAUGUUGUCGGAAGCACUGAAUUGCCAUGGAGAAAAUCCUUACAUCCAGGAAGAUCUAAGGAAUCUAUUCGUCCUAUUUUCUGGCAAAACAGAAAAUACUCAUAUGUCACCAGAACCGCAACCUGGGAUGAAUUUCCUAAUGGUAGAUGGGGUGAUUCUAGAUCUCCAGCUUUUGGUGAUAUCGAUUUGUGUGCUACCGAAUUAUUAAGACAAUCUCCAAAGAGAGCGCUUGAAUUAUGGGGUACCCCCCAAUCUUUGAAAGACAUGAGUGAUAUUGUUGUAUCUUAUUUGCAAGGUGACUUGAAGGCAUUACCUUGGUCAGAUGGUCCAGUUGGAGACGAUACCAAGAUUAUUGUUGAUGAUUUAAUACAUUUGAACAAAAAGGGUUUCUUCACCAUGAACUCUCAACCUUCUUUAAAUGCAAUUAAAUCUUCUGAAAAGGUUUUCGGUUGGGGCCCAAAGAAUGGUUAUGUUUAUCAAAAACAAUAUUUGGAAUUCUUCUGUCACAAGGAUGUUAUUGCCAAAUUAUUAUACAAGAUUGAUUCUUUCAAUACCAAGGAAGGAGAUACCUCUUCUUCUGUGAUUUCCUAUUAUGCAGUUGACAAGGAUGGUCACUUGACCACCAACUGUAAGGAUGACGAUAUCAACGCUGUUACCUGGGGUGUAUUCCCUGGAGAAGAGAUCCUUCAACCUACCAUUGUGGAAAAGACCUCAUUCUUGGCUUGGAAGGACGAAGUUUACAGAUUAUUCAGUGAAUGGGGUAAUGUCUUGGGAAGUAACUUGGCCGGAGCCGAUCCUGAAAAGAUUAAGGGUUUCCUUGACUUGAUGAACACUCUUUCCAAUGAUUUUGUCUUGUGUAAUUUGGUCAACAACGAUUUCAUCGAUGACAACUCCACCAUUUUCAAGUUGAUUGAAGAAUUGGAUGUGAAGGACUUGGCUUAA